AUGGGCCAGAGGACCCUAACGGGCACGGACGCUAGCAGGCGCUGGCGGGCAGUGCGGACGCCAGUUUGGGCGCCCGCCCAGGCCAGUGGAGGCGCUGGGUCGCCGGCGGCUGUGGUGAGCAGGGGAAGCACAGGGCGGCCAGCGGGAGGAGCGGGCGAGCGCGAGGCGGAGCUGCGCUGGCUGCAGAGGGAGGGCGCGGCUGUAGCUGCAGCCUACAGCAGCGACAGCAAGGCAGCCGCAGGCGGGCGCGGCGGGGCUAGCGGGCGAGUCGGCGGCAGGGAGGCGGCGGCAAGCAGCGGCGGACGGCGAGCAACACGGGCGGAGCGACGACGCCGACGGGCGAAAGGCGUGGCGCGUGCGCGAGCGCGUCGGAGGCGCAUGCAGGGGGCGGCGGCGACAGUUGGCUCGCGGGGGGUGGGGGAGAUCAAGCGGGCGGCGUGCGCGUGCCAGGGAGGGCGCGGUUGCCACGGGCGCUGGGCGCGAGCGAGGCGCCGGUGCGGGCGGCAGAGCACGGCGACGGGCGUGCGGCGCGUCGCGCGCACGGCGAGGCCACGAGGGGGGUCAGGGCGGAGCGGCUCGUGCUAG